CUCGAAUUCCUGUUCCAUCCACAGUGCGCAGGGGCACGCACGAGCUUGCUGCAAGCCUCCGCAACUCCACCUUAUUGUGUAGGUACAAUCUCGAUCGAAGGGCAUCCCGGGCUUCGACAUAGCAUAAGCAUUGAAACCAUCUCUGGUCGGGCCUGUGUCUACAUCUCGACCACACAAGCGACGCAUUUUGCGAAUCGAGUGGAUCCCUUCCAGCGCGCAGAUUCGAGCUGUUCCCAUCGAAGAUGUCACGGCGCUGCUGCCGUCUGCGGUCGCUGCCUGAACGUUCAUGAAUCUCGAGCUGCGAUACUCGCCUGACGGGAGCGCGUCCCCGUCACCUCCAUGGCCAUGAGUGGGCGCGAUAUCAGCAGGGCUGAGCUGUUCGAGGACGAGAAGAGGCGCAUCAUCAGCAGCUGUUUCAACAAGCGCGACGACGAUGGAUCUGCCCUCGAGACAUACAUCACGCAUAUCAGGAUCACCGAGUUCCAGACCUCGCCGACAUCUCCCCCGCCACCGGAUGCAAGGACGCCCCAGUAUGAAAAGCCUCGCGUCAUCAUUGUCGCCGUGCGCAAGUCUGGCCGGGUGCGCAUACACAAGUCCAAGGAAAACCCCAAUGGCAGCUUUUCGAUCGGCAAGACGUGGUAUCUCGACGAUGUGACAGCCAUUGAGUCUUUCACCAGCCCGACGGCCAACCCGAACAGCCAGCAAUGGGCCGGAGAUGUGGGCUUCGUUGUGACGAUCGGGAAGCCAUACUACUGGGAGGCCCAGACUGACAAAGAGAAGAAGUUCUUCAUCGCCAGCCUUAUCAAGAUCUAUACCAAAUAUACCGGUGGCCGCACCCCCAACCUAACAGGCUUUGAUCAGCGCGAGCUCGACCAAGUGCUCGGUGGUGCGCAAGCCCCACGGCCCCUGGAGCAGCGUCCACCCCCUCGACCCACCCCGCUCGACACCGCGCCUAACGGCAGCAAUGUCUCAGACUCAUCCCGCUACAAGGCCUACACUCCGCCUCUCAGCGGCACAACGGCCGCAUCGCUACCAGAAAGACUAGCGUCGCGCAGCCCGCUGGUGCCCAAUGGCAAGUCGUCUCCUGCGCAAAGCAUCGAGAUAGGCCGGCCAUCGCCAGAACAGCAGUCUCUGCGCAGGCUAGCAUCAGGUAACAACCAGAGUCAAGACUCAUUCGAGGCCUCAUCCGUCGCCCGGAGCGAGGAUGCGAACAGCCUUCGUCCGAGGUCGAGGAAUGGGGUCAACGGGACCUCGUCGUAUGCACCCCCGGAGCCUGCGCCGGCUACAGUUGAGGAAAGCCCUCCGGAGCGAAGACGGCCUCCAAUGGAUCCGCUUAGGCCCCUGCCGGUUGACAGAGACCUGAUACCUGCGCCUCUCAUGAGCCCGGCUAUGCGCAAGGAACCUAUGGCGAUCCCACCGCGAAGUGUGGAUAGAAUCUCCCCUCGCAAGGACUCGAUAAGUCGGCGGAACGAGCCACCACCUAGGACUGAGCAGGUUACAACGCCCAAGGACACAAGGAAGGUAGAUCUGCCGGGCGACUCGUCUAGCCCGGUGGUCGCAACGCCACCUUCUGUCCCCCCUGUUUCGGCGCCCACACCACCACCUGCCCCCACCCCUCCGGCCGAUCCUCCGCCGGAACCCGAGGAGGAAGAGCGGCCAGGUCUUGGACCCAUGAUCAAGGCAAAGAAAUCGAAAGGAGAUCUUGCCGGGGCCUUGUGGAAGGCCGCGGCAGCGGCUACCGCCUUCAAGCCGAGGCCCGGAGGUGCAGCCGAUCGUCUACGACAGAUGGCGGCCAAGGUCAAUAACGACGAGCCCGAUGGCAUCACGAGUGUUGUCCCUGCACCGCCUAAGCCGGCACCAGUUCAAAAGCCGCCAGAGCCUGCUCCAGCGGUUGAGCCACCGCCCAAAGCAGCCGACAGAACCGCUGGCCCUGCCAUUCCUGAGGUGAAGGUCACCGAAUCCGACUCCACUGCCAAACCAAGCAGCGCUCAGCCGCCGCCCGCAGUUAAAGACUCUAAAGAGAAGACGGCUGAAGAGCAGUCGACAGUGGAAGAAUCUCGACGCUCGAUCGUCGUAGGGAACGAUGCCAAGUACCUAGCGACGCUGGGCAUAGAUCCUUCCAUACUGGACACGCGGACGGCUGAGUUUGCCAAGUGGCUGGACUACUUCGGUUGGGUACCGGGCGAGAAGAUGCGGGCGCGUAGCUUUGAGGAGAUGCGGGCUGAUCUUGACCGGGAACUGAGUAAAGCUCAGGCCGGCGGCUGGCUCGCCCGUUUUCAGGAGGAGGACGAGAGAGUCGAGGCGAUCAAGAAGGGCAUCGAUCUCGCCAUUAACGAAUGCGACGAGCUUGACAACCUGCUUACGCUGUACAGUGUUGAGCUAUCGACUCUUUCGGAUGAUAUUGCAUAUAUUGAGGCCCAAGGUCAAGGUCUACAAGUGCAGGCGGCCAACCAGAAGCUGCUCAGGAAAGAACUGGAGUCACUGCUGGAGACGUGUGCAAUCAGUGAAACCGACCUUGACGCGCUCAAGGCGGCGCCCCUGGAAACAGCGGAUGGCGUCGAAGAGAUCGAGGCCGCCCUUGUCACGCUGUACAAAGCGAUGAUCAAGAUCGAUCCGACACUCGGCAACAGCGAGUCACGCAAGAGCGAGGAUCUGAAUGGGGAUCAAGCUCUCGGCCUCAAUAGUGACUACGGCAAGAUGCGCAUCGUCCAGGAGAAGAAGGAGAUGUACCUCGCAGAGAGUGCUAUUUUCAUGCGGAGACUCGUCGUCUUCAUGGAAAGACAGUUCUCGGAAGCGUUCCGCGAGACCAAGAACGCGCUUGGCGGAGCGCUGUCGAAGAAGGUGGAUGCACGCAACCACGAGGCCGGUAGGGACCUACUAUGGAUGUACAGUCCCUUGAUUCUGUACGCCCGGGAUGUCGACCUCGAUAACUGGAAUCGCAUCCUCCAGAUCUACCAGGACCGGAGUCAUCCAGUCUACAAGGCCGAGUUCAGGGAUGCUAUGGAGGCGUGGAAGAAAAAUGCCAGGAAGAUGACGGGUGAUGAGAGCGAGCUGCUAUUCACGUCGUAUCAGGAGAAGAAGGAAGAAGGCCUGGCGACGACGGCACGGAAACUCACCGUCAAGCGCAGCCAAACGCUGGCAAGGAGUCUCCGGUCUCCACUCGGCGACGCGGGCAGCCGGACAAACCUCGCCGACAAGACUCCAGACGGCCGGUCACUCCCUUUCGAGGUGUUUGCUGGUGUUUUGGACGAUCUUCUCCCACUGGUGGAAAUGGAACAAAACUUCAUUGUCGAUUUCUUCCAUGCCACGACGCUCGACCAGUCCGACUUCCCCGACCUCGUGACGGCCUCGCGACCCCAUGGUCGCUGCGGGGGUGAUCUGAAGCGCCACCGUCUGAUGGAGCCGGAUCGCGAUUUGGCGCGCAGGGUCACCAAGGCGAUGGAGUCGAUCUUUGUUUUCCUGGAGUCAAGUCUGCAGCAGCUCAUGGACUGGGUGCUGCACAUGGAUCCUCUGCAAGGCGUUGGCAUCCUCGCCACGCUCGAACGCAAGAUGGCCGAGAUGAGCCAGUCCAACCAGGACUUCCUCAACAACGUCUUGCAGAAGCUUCAUGGCAACCUCGAAGCCAAGUUCAAGAAGUUCGUCGACGAGCAGAUACGCGCCAUCGAAGAAACAAAGGUCAAGAUCAAGAAACGAAAGGGCGUCAUCCACUUCAUUCGCAUCUUCCCGAACUUCAAUAUCGCCGUAGAGAACAUGCUCGCAGGAAUCGACCCGUCCCUCCCUGUCCGCCGCAUGGUCGACCGCGAGUACGACCGCAUCCUCAAGUCCAUGUUCGACUCUCUCAAGGUCAUCGCGCGCGAGAACCCGGCCCUGGGCACCGCUGCCGUCCUCCCCUCCAUGUCCACGGCGUCCAUCCACACGGCCAACUCGGCCGUGGCCGACCCGGAGGACAAGGAGGCUCUCAACUUCCACAUCCUGUUCAUCGAGAACAUGAACCACUUCCUCGAGGAGGUCGACAACCCACGCGGCCUCGAGGUGCUCGACGACUGGCGCGAGGCCGCCCAGCGCGAGAUGGCCGAGCACAUGGGCUUGUACCUGAACGCCGUCAUGCGCCGCCCGCUCGGCAAGCUGCUCGAGCACCUCGAGAAUGUCGAGGCGCAGCUGGCCGGCGGCAAGAGCCCCGCCGGCGUCGCCGCGCAGCCCAGUAACAGCAAGACCGUGUUCAACAAGGUGCUGGGCGGGUAUGAUGCGCGCGAGGUGAGGAAGGGAAUUGAGGCGUUACGGAAGAGAGUGGAGAAGCACUUUGGUGGGGAUGAGGAAAGCGGAGGCGGUUCCGGUGGCGGCGGUGGUGGUGGGUUAACCGUACCUGGCGCUGCUCGGGCAGGAGGAGGAGGUGGAAGCAUCAACAGCAGCUUGGUCAAUCGCGUGCUGAGGGAGUGCGAGCGCUUCUACGGGGAUGUGGAGAUGCGCAUUGGACGGGUCACGACGGACGUGUAUGGGGGCGAUGUCCUGUUUGAAUGGCCCCGGGCCGAAGUUAAGGCGGCGUUUUCCAAUGUUGGUGGGAGGUGAUUGGCACCUUUACCUUAUGACUGAUGAGCGUGGUUAUAAGGGAUUGGGGAGGGGAACUUGGUUAGGUAGGGUAUAUUGCUGCACAGCAUGCGUGACAAAUAGUAUAGUACUACACCCGGAGCGCGUCGUUCGGUAGAACCCUGAUGACGAUAUAUACGUUCUCGUUAUGUCUAUCCGUGUUUCAAAGGACGGGGGACCGUGGUUGAUUUAGCGAGCUGAACCUAUAAAGGAGCGCGGCUAGUUGUGGUGGAAAGUUUUGACAAAAACGUGAUAACGUCGGCGACAG